ACCAAAGAAGAAGAGAGGCGUGGAAGGGAAGGGAGUGGCAUAUGUCCACUUCCUGUCUCUCUCAGGUGAGCGAACGUGUGAGUCACACUGUAAGUGGUGUCACAAUCCUGAGCUCUUUGUCGUGAUCAAACUUCUCCUCUGGGUUUUCCACUUUGGAAAUUCGGGACGAUAAGGACGAUGCUUCCCUUUGUGGUUUCUAAAUGAGAACGUAAGGUCUGUGUUCACCUACGCGGCCUAGACCACCCGGAAGACAUUUUUUCCAGCUAAUUAUUGCCUUCGCUUUCGUUACAGGUGUCGCUAGGAAUCGGAUAUUUAAACUAUUUUUGGUGGUCUUUUAAUUAUGGAUCUACUCCCACCGUGGUUGCUGGUGCUCUUUGUUGGGGUUUUGGGGUGCGCUUCCAGCCAGGAGGUUGGUGAAGAGUGUGUGGGGAAAUUUGUAAAAGGCCGUGAAGAUUUUGUUUUGGAUACGGAUGAGUCUGUGAAAGACGGGGCCACCUUUAUCUCGGCCCCCGCACUGACCAACGCGAAAGACUGUGUGGUGUCCUGCUGCAAGGACCCCAAGUGCAAUGUGGCCUUCAUGCAAGGAGGUGCUGAGGAGGGCUCCAUCAGCUCCUGCUUCCUCUUUGACUGCCUCUACAAGAAGAAAUAUGCUUGUCGCUUCGUCAGGAAGAAGGGUUUCUUAAACUACAUCUUGGACUCCGUCUAUGACAGCUACCUGGAGAUGGAUGUCCCACCAAAGGAAAGCGACCGUCCACCUGUGGCCAAUGGAGGACAGGACCGAGUGGUCCAACCUCAGGACAGCGUGACCCUGAACGGCGUGGAGAGCAAAGAUGACGAGAAAAUUGUCUCCUAUCAGUGGCAAAUGCUCACAGAGUAUCCUUACGCCAUCAUUGAAAAAACCGACUUUGCCGACCAAAUUAUUGUGUCCAACCUGACAUCUGGGAUUUACAAGUUCCAGUUGACCGUCACAGACAACAUUGGUCAGUCCGACUCAACCAAGGUCACUGUUCUGGUUCUUACACCUGAACAAUCAGAACAUCAUUGCAUGGCUCCAAAGAAGAUUGGGCCGUGUCGCGGCGCUUUCCCUCGAUGGCACUACAACGCUGCUUCGGAAAAGUGCGAGGAGUUUGUGUUUGGGGGCUGUAGAGAGAACCUGAAUAACUAUCUUUCCAAGGACGAGUGCACCAAUGCUUGCUAUGGCACAGAAAAAAGGGGUACCGGUAGAGGUUUACCCGUUCCGGAUCGCCCAGAAAAGUGUGGCGUUGCGUGCACCCCAGAGGAGUUCACCUGUGCAAACGGCUGCUGCUUGGAACCAGGCUUGGAGUGUGACUCUACACCUCAAUGUAGUGAUGGCUCAGAUGAAAAGAAGUGCAAGGACUUGGACAACACAUUCCAGAUUUUGCUGCAAAUUCCAGUGGAUGAGCAAAAAGUGCGCUGCACCGAGCCUCCCAAAACGGGCAGCUGCAGACACAGUCUCACUAAAUGGUACUACGACCCCUUACAGCGGGAAUGUUUUCGCUUUAACUAUGGUGGUUGCCAGGGAAACGAAAACCGUUUUGACUCCAGGGAGACAUGCGGGAAGGUCUGCAAAGGGGUGACGGAAAAGGAUGUGUUUGCAAGAAAAGAGGAGUUUGAGCGCAGAGUGUCUGAAAGCCAAACAAGUGUCAUUGCGAUAGCUGCCAUCUUGGGUGUCGGUAUUGUCGUCCUAUUGGCCAUCCUGUUCUACUGCUUUAUGAAGGGAAAGAAGUCCUCGCAGCACCACCGCGUGCCCGUGAAUAACGCUCCACUCACCUCCCUAGAAGACAGGGAGCGCCUUGUCUACAACAGUACUACCAAACCCAUCUGACCUUCAGCCAUGACCUCUGAUCCCUCAAUCCAUGCGAUGAAUGACACUGUCGACGAGAGCUGUGUCAUUAACAGAAUGAACUCUGACUGAUGAAAGAGACAACAAAGUUCGUGUUCACCACAAGAGUGGUACUGUUUUAAUAGUGUAUGUAAAAUGUAUGGGUUUUUUUAAGGCAGUGUACGCCAUGUGACUUUAACAUGUUUUAAUAUGUCUUGUUAAACAGUUUGUUGACUAACAGUUUCUACUUCGAUUAACAAGAAAUGCAAGUUCUUUCAUUUGAUAGAAUCCUGCUCUAUAAUUAAUUUACACCUAAUCACUUAUUUAACCAUCAGAAAAAUAUAGAGGUAAUUCGUAAUCUCGAUCUUAAUGUAGUUUGUAGACUGUUGCUUACUGUUUAAACGUGUUUUUAGAAAUAGCACAAUGCAUUAAUGAUAAUUGAUACCAACUUGUCACUUGGCACAUAUUGUCUUAAGCUGUAUGGCAAAUGUCAAAUAAAGAAUUACCUCGA